UUUAGUGAAUCACAUUCAAUUUGAUUGAAUCUGAUGUGAUGAGAUCCAAUUUACAUUAUUUUUAAACGAAAUCUUCUGUUCGUUGUAAUAAAUUUAAAAAUAAUUUCAUUUUAUUAUAAUGUAAUAUUUAAUUUUAUAUAUUUCAUAUUUCAUAUUUAAGACAAUAAUAUGGAAGUACACGAUAAUUCAAUUAAUUCAAUUCAAAGUAAUACCAGUAAUAUAACAGUGGCAGAUUCGGUAUGGAAAUUCAUCAAUAGUCCUGUAAUUGCAAUAUUUUCUGAUUUAAAAAAUGCAACUGCCAAACAAACUCUUUGUUCUCUUUUGGAAUCUAUAAUUAAACGAUCAGCUACUUUAACUACAGUUUUAGUUCCACCUUUUAGCAAUGGGAUGCAAAAUGAAACAUUAAAAUGUCAAUAUACUGCAUUUACCACUUGGUUGUUCGGCAUUAUGUUUUAUUUAGUAGGAAAUCCUUUAAGUAAUGAAAUUCUCAACAACAGUAUAGAGAUACAAGCAUGUAUGCUUAGAAUAUUAUCUAGACAUCAUAUUACAAUGUUUGAAACAAUUAGCAAUGAAUAUAUGGAUAUUCUUGAAGAAAUAUCAGAAUUUUAUAGAAUGAAUUCAGAAGAAGAUAGAAUUAUAUUAAGCAAAUUUUAUACAGAAAGAAAUAUCAUAGAAAAUUUGGAUCUACAAGCGUUUCCUGUAACAAUAAAAUAUUAUGAUUUACCAUUAGUACAAACAUCUAUUUUUAAAAUUAUAACGAAAACAGGAGUUUUUGUUUGGAACCAUAAAAUAUUAUCUGAAAGAAUAUUAAAAAUAAUGAUUAUAUCUGUUCCAAAUGUAAAAUUUAUAGCAUUAGAUCUUUCUAUAAAAUUAAUGGAAUUUUCAUUAUUUAGCAAACAAGAAUAUGAAAAUUUGAUUCUCUAUAUUAUUGAGAUUAUUAAAAUGCUCCCUAUUUGGAUAAACUUAUAUGAUAUAACAGAGAAUCAAUUAAAUCAAUUUUUAUGGACAUGUAUUCAAUUUAUUCAAUUUUUGCCAUUAUCUUCAAAUGGUACUGAAUUAUGCUUUCAAAUCAUUGAUUUUACAAUUAGUGAAAUAAAAUGUAAUAGCAAUUUUAAUGCUAUAGAACAAAUAAAAAAAGUUGCAUAUAACAAAAUUCUGCAAAAUUUUAUUAUGAAACCAAGAAUUUAUACUUUUUCUAAAACAAAAAAAUUUAUUUCAUAUUUUGAAUACUAUCCGGAUUUCAUUAUUAUUUUUAUUCACUAUAUUCUUAUUGAUAUGAAACAUGUAAUUAAUGCAAAUAUUUGUACAUGUGACUCAUGGAAUUUAUUAAAAAAAGAAUUAAUAACAGCAACACAGAAAGAAAAAUUUAAAAUCACUAUGCAUAUUUUAAAAGCAUCUCGUAUUUUACAAUCAUGGUUAAAAGAACUACAAUUGGAAAUGAUUUUGUAUACAGAUGAGUUAGAUUAUAUUUUAAAGUUAUUGUUGCAGAAUCUAAAUUCUGGACAAUAUGAACAAAAAAAUGUAAUUUUUGAAUGUUUAAUUCAUAUGAUAGCACAUGAUGAAUCAAAUAAAGAUUUAAUUCAGAAAAUAUUAACAUUACCAUUUAUGCAACAUAUUGAAAUUUCUAUGGAUAUAAUAAAUAAUCAUGCAAAAGAAGUUUUUAAAUCUGUUGAUACUGCUGCGAUGUUAAUCUGUCUUGAAGUUCUUUGUGAAUAUGGAAGAGGAAUGGAACGAUUAAAAAUAUUAAAUACAUGUAUAAUGGAUUAUCAAACUGAUAUAGCAGCAGCAGCAGUAUUGAAUAGUGUAUUACUUUUAAAGAAUAAAGAAAUACAAUUGGAAAAUAUUUCAAAAUAUAUUCUUCAACCUGCAUUACAAUCAGAAGAACAAAAACUUCAUGAAAUGCUUGUUAUUGCUUUGAGCAAAAUAAGUUGUUAUAUAUCAGGAUGUGGAAAUUUCAUAAGGGAAUCUGAUAAUAUAACAUGGACAUUAGAAUGUACAUAUUGUAAUGAAAUAUCUGAAAAUAGUAUAAAUUCUAAUGCUUAUGUCUCAGAAGAAUAUGAUCAUCUACUUCGGCCAUAUUUUAAAUUAUUAUUUUCGAAUUCUGUUUCAGUACGUUUGCAAAUCUCUAAAAAUAUUCUCUCUUUUUCAAAUCACAUUAAGUCUUUUAACAAUAAUGAAAUAGCAAGAAUAUGGUUUUCAUAUGUAGAAGAUGAAAAUUUUGAAAUUCGUUCCAAUAUUGCUAGAGUAAUAAAAAGAUUAUUAUUGAAUAAAAUAAAUAUAUCGAAAUUUAUGUCCAUUCAAAAUGAAAAUGCAUUGAUUUGUUUAGAUGAAUUUAUUGAAUCAUUUAUUAAUAUUAUAGCACAUGCAGUUAUGAAAGCUUUAACAAAUUCAAAUCAUGCAUUGCAUGAUACUUUACUUGUUACUGCCAAAAAUUGUGCAUGUAUUCCAUUACAUAUAAUUGAAAGAUAUAUUUUAAAUAUAUUUUUGAUUACCAUAGUACAUUCAACAUCAUCUUCAGCAACAAUAGCAUUUGCAACUACUGCUUAUCAUGAUAUUGCUAAAUUCUUAAAUGUUUCUCCAAAAGUUUUAUAUAUCCGAUAUAAAAAAAAUUUUCUUAAGCUUAUAAUGCAAUGUGCAGUUUAUAAUUUUAUACAUUAUUCUUACAACAUAGCUACAUCUAUACAUCGUGUUGCAAAAUGUAUUGGAUAUGAAGGAUCACGUCAAUUAUUACGCAAAGAUGGGCAUUAUGCAGUAUGCUAUUUGCUUUCUUUUAUUAUUGAUGUACCAAAUGCAAAAACUCUCUUACAUGAUAUAGCUGAAUUAAUUAGUAUGGAUGAAAAACAAAUGUUAAAAGAAUAUUUUUCUCAUAUUUGCAGUUAUGCAUUUUUAAACAUGUCUCUUACUACCGCUAUGGAAUGUUUAAGAUUAGUUUCAAAAAUUACACAAACAAAUUUAUCUCUUCUAAUAAAGCAAUCAUUUAUGGGUAUAUUUGAAAAACUAAUGUUAAAUUUUCAUGAAUCUCCUGAAAAGAUAAUUGGAUUAUUAAAAAUUAUAUCUGAUUAUGAUAGUAAUUUAGAAAAAAAUUACAUUAUACAUAAAGGGAUUGAGUCUUAUUUGAAUUUACGUUUACAUGGUAUAUUAGUUAACUUUGAUAUAAAGCUUGGAUCAAAAUCAGAUGAACAUACUCAACAAUCUGCACUUGCUUCAUUAGCUGCACUAAUGCAUUAUAUGGGUUCACAGUAUUUGACACCAUUGAGAUAUAAAAUCUUAGCAACAUUACGAACUUCAUUAGGAUUUAAAAGACCAGGAUUUGGACCUCUUUUAUGUGAUGCAUGGAAUGCAUUCAUUCAUAAUAUAGCUAUUAAAGAACUUGGUCCAUUGUUACCAACUAUAUAUGUUUCAUUGAUAUCAUUAUUAAAUAUGUAUAGAGAAAAAAUAAUUGCAAUGCUAAAGUUUCUGAUUAUUAAAUGUAAUGAAGAAUGUCCAGAUUACAUUGCAGAAUUAUUUUUCAUAGAUGAUAUUGAUGUUCCAGUUGAAAUAUCAAGUAUAAUUAAAGCACAUAUUUUGCAAACUAGACCUAAAGGUUUUGAAGCAAACUUAAAAUUAUGGAUUGAACGAAUCACGCAUGAAACAGAUGAAGUAAUAAUCAGAGCAUUGAUGUAUUUACAAAAAUUUCUAGCUGAAAAUCGUAGCCAAUUGAAUGAAAUGAUUUUAAGUGAAACAAAUAUUCAUCCACUGAUAGUUGAACUAUUACAUACAUUAUUAAUUGGAUGUCAACAUAAAGAUAAAAGUAUCCGUCUACUUUAUGGUGAAUGUUUAGGAGAAUUAGGUGCUAUUGAACCAAGUCUUCUUCCUCGUAGAAUUAUUUCUAGAGUUGAUAGUAAAUUUAUCGCUGAUAUGAAUGAAGAAUUUGCAUGUGCUAUACUUUUCGAACAUGUUCGAGCGUUUCAAAUGCAGAAAAGUAGUCAGAGUAUGGAUUGUUUUUCACUUGCUAUUCAAGAAAUUUUAAAAACAUAUGAUAUUUCACCUCAAGGUAAAAACAAUGAAUUAUGGAGUAAUUUACCUGUAUCUAUGAAACAGAUUAUUACUCCUUUUUUAACUUCACAUUAUAAAAUUGCAACUAUUAGCGAUAAUGAAACGUUUCCUCAUCCUAUUUAUGGUUCUGAAGCUGGUUCUUCUGUAGAAAAUUGGGCUUAUAAUUGGCUUUGCAAUAUGUUUAAUAAUAUCCAUGAUGAAAUUCUUAAUAAUGUAUUACGUGCAUGUAAAUUAGCAUUGAAGCGAGAUAUAAAAAUAUUAACAUUUUGUUUACCUCAUGUUGUUUCAUAUAUAAUAACAAAUGGUACCGAACAAGAACAUGCAAAAAUACGAGAAGAAAUGUUGACAAUUAUAGAUGUUAGAAAAAAGCCUACACUUGAUUCCGAAUUAUCACGUCAUAGACCUCUUAGACAUGGAUAUAAUAUAAAGUUAGAUAUUCGAAUUUCUGAAGAAACAAGACGUACACGUUGUGCACAGAUUAUAUUUUCAGUAUUAGAUCAUUUGCAAAGAUGGCUUUGGGAACAACGAUUAGUUCAUGAUUAUAAAUAUAAAGCUUUAAAAAAUUUUUGUGAAACAUUAAAUGCAUUAGUAGUGGCAGAAGGCUGUUAUCAAUUUCAAGAAUAUCAUAGAGCAUUAAUGUAUUUAGAGCAACAUAUGAUUUCUUCUAAUAAAGGAUUAUCAGAAGCAUUGGAGGGCGGAUUACUUGCUAAAAUAUAUGCGCAAUUAGAUGAACCAGAUGGUAUAUCUGGUAUAUUAGCUACUCAAGAUCAUACUCCUACUGUUCAACAAUUAGUCUUAGCUCAUGAAGUUAAUGGACAGCUUCAAGAUGCUGCAACGUGUUACGAGAGAUUAGCACAAAAGAAGACUUUAAAGCAUACAUAUUUGCAAGGAAUGAUCCAAUGUUAUCUUGGACUUGAUCAACCUUUUACAGCAAAACAUAUUACUGAAGGAAUUUUGAGUAAUCGGCCAGAAUUAGAAUCAUUAAUGAUUGAACAAGAACCUUUUUGGAGAUUAGCUCAUUUUAUUAGAUUUGAUGACACUUCUCAAAAGAAUAUAAAGCAUAUAUUACUUGAAGAUCUUAAAAAAGGUAUUAAACCUGAUUUAACAUCUUUGAAAAGGAAUAUAGUGUCACUAUUAGAAGAUGCUUCACGUCCAGGGGCUUAUCAACAAAGCUAUUCUUAUAUCAUGAAGCUACAUAUUCUAAAUGAAUUCGAUAAGGCAAUUGCUACAAUGUUAAACAAUAUAGAACAAUUACCAAUGAUAUUUGAAGAAUGGGAAAAACGCGGUCAACUUGUUCGUGCUUCUCGAGGAGUAGAAUUUGUAUUAAGUAUGCGUAGAGCUACACUAGACUUAGCACUUCAAUUGCAAAGAGAAAUUGAAAAUAAAGAAAAUUCAGUACUCAAACAAGAAAUUGGAAAGAUUUGGCUUAAAAGUGCAAAAAUUGCAAGAAAAAAUAGACAGCAUCAACAAGCGUAUAUGUAUAUUUUAUCAGCGAGCGAUUCUUGUCCUCCCCAGCAACUUUAUAUAGAACAAGCUCAAUUAUAUUGGCAAAAAGGUUGUCAGGAAGAUGCUUUUAUAACACUAAAGCGAUGUUUUUCUAGUUAUUUUCAGCCAGCUAUGUAUUACAAAAACUUAUCAUCAGGAGAAUGUUUAGAAGAAAGAAAGCAAUGUGCAAAGGCAAAACUUUUAUAUGCAAAAUAUAAUGAUGAAACAGUUAAUGUAGAUACUGAUGCUAAUAUUAUAAAUUACAAAGAAGCUAUUGAAGUAUGGAGAGAAUGGGAAAAAAGUUUACUAUUUUGUGCACGAUAUUAUGAAUCUGUUAUAGAUAGAAUGACAGAUGAAGAAAAAGAUUCAAGAGGACGAGAUUUACAAGUGCAUACUAUGAAUUAUUAUGGGAAAUCACUUCAAUAUGGUUGCAAAUAUAUUCAUCAGUCUAUGCCAAGAAUGUUAACUAUAUGGUUAGAUUUUGCUUCUCGUGCAACACGAUCUAAUAAUCUUAUGAAUCAAUCAAAUCAAGAACAAAUCAAAUUACGAAAAGAUGCAUUAUUGAAAAUGUCAAAAAUUAUGGAAGUGUAUCAAGAAAGAUUACCAAUAUUCAUGUGGCUAACUGCAUUUAGCCAACUUGUUUCGAGAAUAUGCCAUCCUUCUAUUGAAGUACAGAAAACUAUUUGUAUAAUAUUAGUAAAAUUAAUUCAUGCUUAUCCUCAACAUAGUUUAUGGAUGAUGGCAUCUGUUAUUAAUUCUUCUUAUCCAGCACGUCAGAAACGUUGUCAAGAAAUUCUCAGUCAUGUCAAACUUAAAACACCAGAAAUGACAAAACUUAUUUCAGAUUUUCAUAAAUUAUGGGAGAGAUUAAUUGAGCUAUCAAAUAAAGCAAUUCCAGAUGGGAUUAUGAAUACUACAAUAAGUCUUUUGUCUCGGAAUCUUCCUCGUUUACUUUCAAAUAAGGAAUUUAGUUCGAUAAUGAUACCAACAACUAAAUUUAGACAAUUGCAUUUGCCAUCUAAGGGCAUGUCAUUAGAAAAUCAUAAUGUAUUUUCUUCAAAUUGGAUUCAUAUAUCAGGAAUAGAAGAUAAUGUGGUUGUUAUGCCAUCUCUUCAAAGACCACGACGUAUUACAUUAAAAGGAUCAGAUGGUAAAGAAUAUCUAUUUAUGUGUAAACCAAAAGAUGAUUUACGAAGAGAUUUUAGAUUAAUGGAAUUUAAUGAUAUUGUAAAUAAAUAUCUUCAAAAUGAUCCAGAAUCACGGCAAAGAAGAUUAUAUAUUCGGACAUAUAGUGUUGUUCCUCUCAAUGAAGAAUGUGGUUUAGUAGAAUGGGUACCAAAUUUAGUUGGAUUUAGACCCAUUAUAAUAAGUUUAUAUAAAGAAAGAGGUAUUGCAAUUUCAAAUAGAGAACUUAGAAGUAUAUUAUGUUCAUUGAAAGAUCCAUUGGAAAAAAAAAGAAAAGUAUUUUUAGAACAACUUCUUCCGCGACAUGCAUCGGUACUUGGAGAUUGGUUUCGUCUUACAUUUCCUGAUCCAUAUGGAUGGUACGAAGCACGUACAGCCUAUAUUAGAACUACAGCAGUAAUGUCUAUGGUGGGAUACAUUCUUGGCCUUGGAGAUCGUCAUGGAGAAAAUAUAUUAUUUGAUUCUAAAUGUGGAGAUUGUGUACACGUAGAUUUUAAUUGUUUAUUUAAUAGGGGAGAAUUAUUUGAGUGGCCAGAACGUGUACCAUUUCGAUUAACGCAUAAUAUGGUAGAUGCUAUGGGACCAUUAAAAAUUGAAGGACCAUUUAGGCGUGCUUGUGAAAUAACUAUGAGGGUUCUUCGACAACAAAGUAGUACGUUAUUAAGUGUAUUGACGCCAUUUGUGUAUGAUCCUCUAGUAAGCUGGAAUAAAAAUCAUAUGGGUGAAGGUAGUGAAAAGACAAAUGAAAAAGCUGUAGAACAUAUAAAAAAUAUAGAACAACGAUUGAAAGGAUUAAUUCGAUAUCAUGGAAAAAAAUUAGAAAACAUUGCUUUAAAUCUUAGUGUCGAGGGACAAACCAAUCAUUUGAUUCUAGAAGCAACAAAUGUAGAUAAUCUUUGUCAAAUGUACUUUGGAUGGGGUGCAUAUAUGUAAAAAAUAUUACCAAUAUAAUAUAUAAUAAUAUAAUAUUUAUA